AUGGGGUUUUUCUCUGCCAGGCGGGCCGACGAUCUUCAUUCUGCUGCCCAAGAUGACCCUUCAGUUGUCCGCGUCAUACGCUCUAGAUUUUAUGGCAAGGCGAAAGGCAAGGAGCGCGAGGUAGCAUCCGCCCCUGUCACCCCCAUCGCUACCCCCUACACCUCUCCAUCCCUCGCCGUCUCGACAGUCUCCUUCUCCUCCAAGGCUGCAGACAAGCGCGCCGUUGUAGGCUCGAUCCGUGGCCCCCGGGCGAGCACUUCCACAACCAGGAAUUGGGCUGGCUCCUCUGCUACUUCCCCACGGCGCAACGGCAAUGCCAGUGACAUGCCCGUCUCUCGCGCUUCGACUGACUUCAUGACGGUAACACUCGCUCAACGACUAAACGAACUUGCGACGGCCAACUCGGAGGGUUUGCUCAGCGACGAUGAAUAUCGUCUUCUCCGUCAAAGUCUCUUCGAACGAUUUGCUAGCGGCUCGGCCGUACCCACGGAGGCCCCUUUGGUACCCCUGUCCAACCUAUCGCUGACCACUGUUGAAUCGCGAACUUCAUUAACAAAUGGACGUCGUACCUCUUCUCAUCUGCAUGGACAAUCAUCCGGAUCCGUCCGCUCUCCUUCAACGUCUUCGAAAAGGUCCUUUACUUCUACGGUCACUGGGCUCCUCCGCCGCGCCACGAGUCGUCGGAUCGUUUCUUUACCUCCCGAACCUCAUGGGAGCGACACUAUGAGUGUUUACUCCAUGGCGUCGUCUCCGCCGGAGCGUCUCACGCUACCUCGCAAUCUAUCAAAGCAGACGAGUGAGAUGUCCUUGCGUACAGAGACGCCCUCGGCCCGAAUAUCCCAGACCUACUCCCGUAGAACGGUGAUCGGGGGUCACACUUUCAGCGCGACAGACCCAGGGCCGUCCCGCGCGAGGACACGUUCUGGCAGCCGGGCAGCCCCGCCCUCUUCCUUCCCCGGCUCGCCCCUCAAAGGGGUCGAGUCAACAUAUACCCACAUUAGCGCAAACGAUAUACCCGAUGACGACCAGGUUGAGUCCGUCCAAGAUAUCCGACACCAAAUAGAACUUGUGGAAGCCGAAGGCCGGCGUUUACUCGACGCGUUCAACGGCCUAGAGCUCUCCACGCUGACACGUCAGCGACAAUUUAAACCUCCCAUUAUACCCCCACUGCCCUCGCACGGCCCCCUCGGCGACGGCAGUUGGCCCUCAGGGAGCCUGCGCCCCGGAAAGGACAUGGACGCGCUCUCCUUCAAGUCGAGCGGAUCCGCGCGCACCGCACGGUCACUCAGGCGCACCCCUUCACAAGGCACCAAGAUGCGCACGGUCACGUCCGCAUCCGCCCUCUCGACCUCCGGGGCCGCGCUCGACCGCAAGACGUCGAUGUCCUCCGUCUCGUCCCGGGGCAGGACAGCAGGCCCCCCGCUCCCCACCGUCGCUGGGCACCUCGGCUUCGCGAGCAGCUCGAGUGUCAACCUCGUCCGGAGCACAGGCCAUCUGCCGCUCGAGACCGUCGAGGAGGCCGAAGGCGGCGGCCGACACCGCCCGAAGCUCAGCACGAGCCGCAGCGGGAGCAUGCGCCGCGACGAGUGGGCGGACUCAGGUAUUGGGAGCCCUAUCUCUCCCUCUUCGCGGUCGGAGGUCGGCUCGACGGGUUCGGGGAGCAAGCGUGGACAUGGAGCGGCAGCCGCUGCUGCCGCGAUCGAUGACGACGAGCUGAUGAGCAUGGAGACCGAGCUAGCGGACAUCAGAAGGCGGCGCGCGCAAGUGACGGGGAGGUAUGAGGCGCGACUGGAGUACCUUCGUGCGCGAUUGAAGGGAGCGGAGCUACGGGAGAAGAUUUUGCGGAAGUGAGCAGCCAGGCUGCAUGGGGGUGGUGCAGUGGCCGAAGUGUGCCACGGAGGUGCUGCUGGUGGCGUCUUGCAUUAUAUACGGAAUUGCUGUCAGAUAUAUCUCGCAUCGGCACGUCAGAAUCUUGCUGUCCUCUCCUUUUAGCAAUCGCUUACUACCUUCACGAGCUCGCUCAUGUCAACACACCGAGAACGAUACCUAUUAGUACACCUAAACUAAUGUCAUGUAAUCUACUAGCCUACAUAACCUGAGCAGUCUAAU